UCUCCAUUCGCCACAAAAUCAACCCAUAAAAAUGGCUAAGUCUUGGAGCACUACUCAUCAUGUUGUUGUAAGUUGUUUUGUAUUAGUGUUGUUGAAUGGGUGUACGGCGCAAUUAACCAGAAGAACUCGUCAUGAGUUCCAACAAGGGAAUGAGUGUCAAAUCGACCGGCUGACCGCCCUCGAACCGACUAAUCGGAUCCAGGCGGAGGCUGGUUUGACAGAGGUUUGGGACUCACAGGAACAAGAGUUCAGAUGUGCGGGUGUGUCUGUUAUUAAGCGCACCAUUGAGCCUAACGGUCUCCUUUUGCCUACUUUCACUAGUGGUCCUGAGCUUGCUUACAUUGAGCAAGGAAGGGGAAUAAGCGGGAUGCUGAUUCCUGGAUGUCCUGAGUCGUACGAAUCAGGGUCACAACAAUUUGAGCAAGGAAGACAGAUGAGGGAUGGUCAAUUCCAAGACCAGCACCAGAAAAUUAGGCACCUUCGAGAAGGAGAUGUUCAUGCAUUUCCAUCUGGAGUUGCUCAUUGGGUCUACAACAAUGGUGAUGAGCCUCUAGUUCUCGUUGUUUUUAUUGACAACGCCAACCAUGCUAACCAACUUGACAAUAAUUUCCCCAAGAGGUUCUACCUUGCUGGUAAACCCCAACAAGAGCACACCGAGCAAUCCCGAUUCUCAAGGCAAUCCCGACGGGGUGAAGAAGAAUCCGGCAACUUAUUUACUGGCUUCGACACCCGAACUCUAGCUGAAUCCUUCGGUGUUAGUGAGGAGAUAGCUCAAAAACUCCAAGGCCAGCAAGACGAGAGAGGUAAUAUCGUUCGAGUCCAAGAGGGUCUACAUGUGAUCAAACCCCCUAGCCGGGCAUGGGAAGAGAGGGAAGGACGAGAGCAGAGCCGACCAUGGGAGAAACGAGAGCAGAGCCGACCAUGGGAAAAGAGGGAGCAAAGCAGGCCAUGGGAGAAGAGAGAGCAGAGAAGGGCACGGGAUCUUUCCAGCAACGGCGUGGAGGAGACCAUUUGCUCGGCUCGCCUUGUCAAGAACAUCGACGAUCCAUCCAAGGCCGACAUCUACACACCCGGAGCCGGAAGGCUUACUAACCUUAACAGCUUUAACCUCCCCAUCUUGAGCCAUCUCCGUUUGAGUGCUGCCAAGGGUGUCCUUUACAGGAAUGCAAUCAUGGCACCUCACUACAACCUAAACGCCCACAGCAUAAUGUAUUGUGUACGAGGAAGCGGUCGCAUCCAAAUCGUGAACGACCAAGGCCAGUCAGUGUUCGAUGACGAGCUAACAAAAGGGCAAUUGGUGGUGGUUCCACAAAACUUCGCCAUAAUCAAACAAGCCUUUGAGGAAGGAUUUGAAUGGGUUAGCUUCAAGACGAGUGAAAACUCAAUGUUCCAAAGCCUUGCAGGGCGCACCUCAGCCAUCCGCUCCUUGCCAGUGGAUGUCGUCUCAAACAUGUACCAAAUCUCUCGGGAACAGGCUUUCGGCCUCAAGUUCAACCGGCCUGAGACCACCCUUUUCCGCGCCAGCGGCGAAGGAGGAUUCUCAAGGAGAGUCAUUGCCUAAGAAAUAGAUAGGAGACAAACCUUCACGUUGGUUUGUUAUGUAAUGUGAGGGGUUUUUAGGUUUGUUUUUUAGAGUGAAAAAACAAAUAAGAAGGUACUAAUAAAGCUUUAAAAGGACUAGCCCUUGUAUGUUUUGAAAAUGUUUAGUUGAGAGUAUGUAGGGUUUUGGAGUUGUAAAACUUGACAAUCAUGAGUACAUAGUUGUGGCCUUCAUCAUCUCCACGUUCUUUAA